AUGGAAUUGAACUACGAGAAUGUAGUGCUUACGCUAACUACUGCUGCAGACGUACAAAGGGGAACCCAGCAAACAGUAGCGGAGUCCCAACUGAAACAAUGGGAAAUAUGCAAGGGAUAUCACUAUAUUUUACAGAGAGUUUAUGACGAUAUGUCUCAGUCUCUACAAAUACGAUGGCUAGCAGUAAUAUGUUUGAAAAAUGGAGUGGAUAAGUACUGGAGAUCUACGAGAAUACAUGCUAUUUGCAAAGAGGAGAAGCAGGAGAUUCGGAAGAAUCUAUUCAACCAAUUGGAUGAAUCCAACAGUCAACUAACGAUUCAGAAUGCUCAUACCAUUGCACGAAUUUGCAGACAUGAUUUCCCUGCAGCAUGGCCCACAGUAUUUGACGAGAUGGCCGAUAUCAUGGAGUCUUCCUCGCAGAUAAGCGAGACUCUUGGAAUAAUGAGAAUGAACAAUCUAUUAAUUAUAAUGAACCAGAUAUUGAAGGUUUUGGCCUCGGUGAGGAUAGGACGAGCACGGAGUGCAUUGCAAGCCAAAGUUCCUAUUAUUUUACCACAUUUGGUCAAGCAUUAUCAUCAUUACUUUCGUCUAUGGACUACUAAUUAUGAUGCUGCUACUAUGGAGGUGGGAUAUAUGUGCCUCAAAAAUAUAAGGCGAGCCACCGUUGAUGGAUACGAGUACCCACAUCGUGAUAAUACGAUAAAUGAGUUUUUCGAGACCAGCUUGCUUCAUUUUCAAAAGCUUUUGAUCAUGCACGAAUCAACCCAGUUGGAAUUACUUGAGAGAUACUUGAAGUGCUAUCUAAAGCUUUACUUCAAUAUGGCCAACGCAAAUAGCGUGGCAUUUUUACUGUUUUCGUCGUCCAGAAGCAUCAUUCUUACGCUUCUUUCGAUGCUGCAACAGAAAGCCGAUACGGUAUAUAAUCUAGAAGAUCGCGACGGAAGCGAUUUCUGGGAACAGACGGUAGUUAAGACCAUUUUGAUCAUGAAGAAAAUUACAUCAUUUGCAUAUAGGAAAGGGGCUACUUUGUUGAGGCCAAGUAAUGACAAGAAAGAGGUGGAACGGGCAACAAAAGUUGUUGAAGAGAUCUUCACCCCUCAAUUGCUCGAGAAUUUGGUCAAUAUGCUAAUGUCGUCCUAUCUUAAACUUCGUCCAUGUGAUUUGGAAGCUUGGCAAAUGGAGCCAGAAGAGUGGGUUACAGAAGAACUGCAAGUUAGUUGGGAAUACCAAAUUCGGCCUUGCGCAGAGAACUAUUUUGAGGAUUUGGUCUCUUAUUUCAAGCCAUUUCUUUCCGAACUUAUUUUGAAUAAGAUCCAGACGGUGCUUUCAGAUGCAGAUACUGAUAUUCUCACCAAGGAUGCCACGCUUAGUGUAUUCCAGCUGAGUUCCGGGGCCAUCAGUGAUGAUUGUAACUUUGAUCAGAUGUUUGCCAAUUACUUUCUUCCUGAAGCUCUAAAAGUCGACUCUGAUGAUUGCAAGAUUGUCAAAAGAAGAGUAUGCUUAAUUAUAUCCGAUUGGGUAUGCAUUCAAUGCUCUAAAGAGACUAGAGACUCCAUCUAUAAACUCAUAGUGACCCUUCUACAGCCAGACCAGCUAUUCAAUGAUAAAGUGGUUAGACUAACAGCUACACAGACGUUACAGCAUCUGAUUAAUGACUGGGAGUUUCGAAAGUCCGACUUCAGACCCUACUUGGAUACCACAGUUGAGGCUCUGUUGAAGCUACUAAGCGAAUUGAACUGGACAGAGUCCAAAAUGUUUAUCCUUAAAAUGAUUUCUUUGAUUAUUGAGAGGAACAAUCCUUUGAUAGAGGAGGCCGUUCUUCGUGACAUUAUGGAUAUGGUUCCAAAAAUGUGGGAAGAGUCAAACAACUCGAACGAGAUGAUUCUUAAGAACUCUCUACUAAGGAUUCUGCGAGAGCUUACGAACUCUUUAAACAGCAAAAGUCAAUUAAUUCAUUCCAUGGUAAUGCCAUUGAUUCCUAUUUGCUGUACGGAGGGUUCUCAAUACUAUUCAUUACUUUGUGAAGAUGGAUUCGAACUCUGGUCCGCUAUUCUCAAACAGUUACCCUUGGAUAAGCCAAUUCCGUCAAACAUUUUUGGGGAAUGGUUCCCGUUGGUAUUGAAGGGACUUUGCAAUUGGACAGAGAUUUUACCGCUUGUACUUAAAAUCUUGCGAUCGUAUUCUUUGCUUGACGCAACUCUUUUCGAAACGGAUUUCGGUCUUGAAAUAUUCAAAGUCCUGGGAGGAUACUUGGGAACCAUGAGGGAUGAUUCAUUGUUUAUUGCAUCGCAAACAGUUGAGAUUCUAGUGCUACAGGUUUCCAAAGACCAAAUUUACAACUCGAAGUUAAUGGAGAAUCUUGCUGAAAGCGGCCUAUUCAAUGCCAUGAUAAUAUAUAUUACUAGGGAGACCGAGACUCCCAACUGUGAAAUUAAAGUGGCACUACCCGUGUUGAGAAUGAUGAUGCUAGAUGCCAAAUUCUUUGUGUUUCAGCUGCUCGGCUCGAUUCUGGUGAAGGGAACAUCACUCUCCAUGCUGUUCCACCGACUUUUUACGAACUUGGUGGGGUAUCUGAAGAUGACUUACGAUUCAAAGGCAAGAAAGGUCUUUUUAUUAGCUCUUCUAUCGCUCUACGAUCCAAGUUAUUUUGUCAAAAAGGUAAAUUUGGAUCCCAACGUUGGAGGGGAUGUAGAUUAUCAACUUGAACAGAUGGAUGAUAACGACGGAAUAGCGUUGAUCCUUUCAAUGAACUUUAACAAGGUUCUUUCAUUGACAUCUCGAUUCCUUGAAGAAGUUCAAGAGGCUCCAGGAGGUGAUUGUAAAAAUUAUCAUAGACAAUCACCGUACGACGAUGAAGUACUCGUUAUGGCACAAACAGACGAAGAACAACGCGACGAGGGAGAAGAUCCAGAAAACGAGUAUGUUCAAGAAUUUAGGAUCCCUGACAGUGGAGAGAAGCUCCGAUAUACUCAACUAUUACUAGCUAAAGACUCUGUUUAUAACGUGAACUUGAAGGAGUUUGUCAAGUUCAAAAUGAGCCAAUUAGUGGGCAGCGUGGACAACUACGAGGGAUUGAUUAAUUCGGUGUCCAAAGAGACUCUAGACGAUCUACAGUUGGCCUAUAGUAAGUAG